AAACUUGCUAUUGUAUACAUAAAUUGACCUUGAAUUAUCUAAGACAACACCAUGUGAUCUCUUUUAUGACCUUGUCUCCUAAUAAGUCCCAUGGCUACCAUCUCUUACACUUUCUCCACCAAUCAGUCAAGUGGAAUUAUGUUUAUAGCAUAUUCUAUUAUCUAUAUAUAUGUUCAUGGUUGCAAGCAUUUAGCAGCAACACAAGUCAUUGACAUCCUAAAGCACAAGAAACUCAAAUACUUACAUCUUAUUUUCAUUUCUUAGACUAGUAUUUCUUCAACACAUAUAAAAAUGGGUUUUCGGUUACCUGGUAUUGUAAGAAAGGCAUCAUUUACUUCAUCUUCAAAAGCUAUGGAAAUUCCAAAAGGUUAUCUUGCAGUUUAUGUUGGAGAGAAAAUGAAGCGGUUUGUGAUCCCCAUAUCAUACUUGAACCAGCCUUCAUUUCAAGACUUGCUAAGUCAAGCUGAGGAAGAAUUUGGAUAUGAUCAUCCAAUGGGUGGCCUCACAAUUCCUUGUGAAGAAAAUAUGUUCUUAGAUAUCACUUCUCGCUUGAGUUGAUGCUAGCAUCAUCAAGAUUAGGCUGACUUAGAAAUAGAUUACUUAACACAAUUUUUGUAACAAUUUAUUGCCCUGAGAAAGAUUUUCUCCAUUUUUUGUUAUCCUACUAUUCAUCUCAAUGAGAAAUUUAUGCACAUAAACAU